CCAGGCAUCACAGGCUGUUACUGGAGCUCAACCAGUAUCCAAUUCCUCAUGCUGUUUCUUCUCUUGUUUGUCUUUCAACUUGGACUGGUCACCCUAACACUCGUUUGUGUCUUCCAGACCUGGCGAAUGUUCAAUGGUGGUAUGCAUGGCAUUCUGGUGAAGCAUAAUAUAUUCUACUAUGCAUGCAGUCUGUUUCUCUCUGCCGUGAAUGUCCUUGCACCAGUAAUGUUUUCUAAUCCCACAUAUUACUCCCUCCUCGAAGAUUUGCAGGCCUUUAUCCUUGCAAUCCUUGCCACACGCAUGCAUCUCUAUCUCUGGCAUAUCGACUGGAACGCACCGUACAGUCACCACAGUUUGACCAUAUAGCUCAUUUGUUGUUGUUCAUGGAGCGAGAUUUGGACUACAAAAUGACUGGUCAUGGGUGGUUUGGCAUGAUGAGUAC